CAAAAAACCGGCCACACUUUGCCCCUUGCCGUUAUUUUAGGUAGAAAAGCUGAUAAACACAAGAACAGCACAAUUUUCCACGCAUUCCAGAAGAUCUACCAGUCUUCGGCUCUUCGCCGUGGAUCGAGUUCAUCGCUGACCAACCGGCGGGGCGAUUGGAACUGGCUGAGGUCGGCCAAUAUGUCUCAGUUACCGGAUGGCGGGAUUUCCAAAAUGGGAACAGAGGAGCAGCCGGACAGCCAGGAGGAUUUCCCUGUGCCCCGAAGGAAAGAGUCCUGGCGGGGAGUGCCCAUGGAAGCCAUUCACCGCAACCUCCAUCUGUUCGAAUUCGAGCACUUGCCGCCCGUGGCAGCUGGCCCCCUCCACUGGGUUAUGUACGAACUGCCCGUCCGGGAAAGCCCGCCACGCCCCCACAAAUCGCCGGGGAAGUGGGACUCGGAGCAUGUGCGUCUUCCCUGCGCGCCCGAGUCGAAGUAUCCAAGGGAGAACCCGGACGGGAGCACCACCAUCGACUCCAGAUGGGAAAUGAUAGAGCGGGCCCUGCUCCAGCCGAUAGAGUCCAGUGCGAAGCUGCAGGCGGCCAUCCUGUCCUACAACACCACCUACCGGGACCAGUGGCACUUCAGGGCGCUCCACCACCUGCUGGACGAGGAGCUGGACGAGAGCGAGUCGCGCGUCUUCUUCGAGGACCUGCUGCCGCGCAUCAUUCGGAUGGCCCUGCGCCUUCCGGACCUGAUUCAGUCGCCGAUUCCGCUGCUCAAGCAGCAGAAGAACGCCAGCCUGAGCCUCAGCCAGCAGCAGAUCGCCUGCCUGCUGGCCAACGCCUUCCUCUGCACCUUUCCGCGCAGGAACACCCUGAAGAAGAGGUCCGAGUACAGCAGCUUCCCGGACAUCAACUUCAACCGGCUGUACCAGUCCACGGGGUCGGCGGUGCUGGAGAAGCUCAAGUGCAUAAUCCACUACUUCCGGCGCGUGUGUCCCACGGAGCGGGACGACAGCAACGUGCCCACCGGCGUCGUGACCUUCGUCCGCCGGAGCGGGAUGCCGGAGCACCAGGUGGACUGGAGCCAAAGUGGCGCGCCCCUGGGCGACGUGCCGCUGCACGUGGACGCCGAGGGGACGAUCGAGGACCAGGGCGUGGGGCUGCUGCAGGUGGACUUCGCCAACAAGUACCUCGGCGGCGGGGUGCUGGGGCACGGCUGCGUCCAGGAGGAGAUCCGCUUCGUGAUCUGCCCGGAGCUGCUGGUGGGCAAGCUCUUCACGGAGAGCCUGCGCCCCUUCGAGUCGCUGGUGAUGCUGGGCGCCGAGCGGUACAGCAAUUACACGGGCUACGCCGGCAGCUUCGAGUGGUCGGGGAACUGCGAUGACCCGACGCCCAGGGACAGCUCGCGGCGCCGCCAGACGGCCAUCGUGGCCAUAGACGCCCUGCGCUUCGCCCAGUCGCACCACCAGUACCGCGAGGAGCUCAUGGAGCGUGAGCUGAACAAGGCGUACAUUGGGUUCGUCCACUGGAUGGCGACGCCGCCGCCGGGCGUGGCCACCGGCAACUGGGGAUGCGGCGCCUUCGGCGGGGACUCCUACCUGAAGGCCCUGCUGCAGCUGAUGGUCUGCGCCCAGCUGGGCAGACCGCUGGCCUACUACACCUUCGGGAACAGCGAGUUCAGGGACGACUUCCACGCCAUGUGGCUCCUGCUGCGCAGCGAGCGGACGACGGUGCAGCAGCUGUGGGGCGUCCUGAGAUCCUACAGCAAGCUGGUGCGGGAGAAGGGCGCCAAGGAGCCGCGCGAGGGCAAGGCGACCAAGAAGAAGCUGUACGAGUUUAUAAGGGAGGAGCUGAGGAAGGAAGAGGCCGCGGUGGCACCGGGAACAUCGAGAGCAGCGGGCGCGGGAGAAGCAGUUCCCCCCACAACGAAAUCGGGGAGGUGCUCGCCGGAAAGCGAACUGCUCGGCAAGAAGGCAGCCCGGACCAACGCCCACAGCCCCGACCUGUUUCCCCCGCAGGCGUCGCAGGAGAACUCGGACUCCUCGCAGGAACAGGCCAUCCUCAUGCUGUCCGACGACGAGGAGGCCAGCGCCAUGAUGGAGGCCGCCAGCCUGGAGGCGAAGCUCAUCCUCGGCGAGGAGGCCAAGGGAGCGGGCUCUGUUGCGAGGGCCGGCGGAGCAGGAGGAGCAGGCGGCCGCCAGCUGACCCUCCUCGAGAUGCUGGACUCGCACUACGAGAAGGGACAGGCCUCGAAGCGACCGCGCAAGGCGGCUGCCUGCAGCAAGGUCGAGGGUCCGGCGAAGAGUCGCCGGGAGAACGACGUGGAGGGUGCGACUGCGGACAAGGAUGCCGACUAAUGUGGACUAGGUGAUGGAGGAGCCCUGGAGGAUUUGUGCUGUUCUAACACUGUGAAUCUCACGACGAAAUUCCCUGUAGAAAGAGUGCAACUGUGCGAGGUUCUUUAGGACUAAGUAAAGUUUUUUGUUAACCAAACCAA